AUCGUUCUUCCAUCGUCACCUUAUUCCGCCAACUCCUCCUCCCCACUAGCUGCCAUGUCUCGCCUUCGACCUUGAGAUAUAUCUUCUAUCUUGUGCGCAUCGCCCUCCGCCUGCCAAUUUCACUGGCAUCAUCGCAUUUAAAUGGACAACCCCAACCCCACCGUGACUGCGCUGCUCAUUGACCUAAACUCCGCCGUGCCUGAACUCAUGAUCGAUAACCUCUCUCUCUCCCGACGACCGCACCCCCCGAAGCGUCCCACCCUGCUGUAGUAGAUCUGUUAUAUCCCCAGGAAUACGAAAAUCGUACUCUCGUUCCGUGAGACAUAUGUCUCCAACUUCUGGAAAUGACCCUCGCACGCCCGAUCGACGUUCCUCCUCCGCGGCUCUGUUGGGUGCGUUCCGUUCGCUCACCGGUGGACGUCUAAAGAGCCCAACACCCCCAGCAUCUGUAUCCUCAGCUACCGGCACUCCAGUCCGGUCCGGUUCUAUUGCAUCCCACCAAAAGGCCGAUCCUGUAGUCAGCGCGCCGCCUACUGUCGCCGAGGUACACAGCGUCGUGAAGCAACCGACCCAGAACAAUGUCUUGGGUAGCAAAAGGGCACCUAUGGGUGGGCCUCCAGAGUUUGAAGAUCUGGUUGCCCGCCUGCAUACCAGUCAACCAUUUGCCGAGAGAGCCGCAGCGGUGGAGAAGAUAUGUGAAAUUUUGAAGGAGUAUCCCGUCCGCAAUGUAUUGGGGCUUUGGGCUGCUGCGAGUGAUCUCAUGCUUCCGGAGAAAUCCGAGGAGGCCGCUGAGGUUGCCUACACGCUUCUGAAAGGCUGUGUGGCUCUCCCGGAUCUGAACGCAGUGGAGCGCAACGUCUUCUUCGGCGCUGCUAAUCUACGACAGAAUGACAGGCGCUUCGAUUUGCGCCUUGAUAUCAUAUCCACCCUUACAAACGGGGGAAGGAAUGUCGAAGCUUGCGAAUCUCUCCUGGCUCCUUUCAUCCUGACUUCGAUACAUGCGUGCUUUCAAGAGCGUUUCAAUGCGUCGAGCAGUAUCAGAAGGCCUUCGCUGAGAAAGGGUAGCGAUCAGCCUACCAAGGAAAGCCAAAAUAUGACGGACCUAUUUCAUUUCAUCACUGAUACUUGCAAAUUCAACUCAAAGGUGUUCACCGAGGAUGACCUGGUAUCGUUACUGCACCACGCCAUGGCCAUAUGCCAAGGGACGACCCAUGAAGCCGAUAUAGAGAACGUUAUCAAGUUAUUUGAUACUAUCAUUACUUAUGUACAUAUACCUAGCCGCUCGCUGAAACCUGGCUUGGAAGUUCUUUGCAUCAUUCACCGACAAUUGGAGCGUCUACAGGAGCAAAGUUGGAAUACCUUGGUCAAUCUGUUCCAGUCCCAUGUUGGGCAGGCUGCUGUCUCUGCGCUGUUACAUACCUUACUCGAUGGAGCGAAUCGCAAGAGCAGGAAAUUUAGUGCAUAUCGCGCCGCGAUCCAGGUUUUACAGAGAUUGUUGCUCGAGGAUGGCCAAAAUGGCCUUCCAACAGUUCCCAUAUCACUGCUUUUCCCUGCUCUGAAAUCUUCGAUCAAGGAGGAACAUCAAACUCAGGAGAGCUUCGUUAUUUCGCUGAUAGCAACGAUGCUGAGCGAUGACAGGAUUCGAAGUCUGCUUCUUAAUGAAGGCGACUGGAGCGAUCUGAUUCAAAUUAUUCAUACUUGUGCAAGCCGUAGCGACGAAAGAGAAGCUGCGCUUGCAGCCGCUUUGGCAGAAAGAGUAGCCGGAGAGAGAACGGGAUCGAUUGCUGGGACGGGAUCUCACACAGCUGGCACAGCCGGGGCUGCUCUCUCAACCACAUCCACAGGCGGUGAAGUUGAGUCUGAGAGCAUGCAUAACGGAGAUCCUCUGAGCGCGCCACUACUCAGGAACGAAAGUACUCGUAGGGGGCGCGAUGAUGAAAUUACGAACAUCUUCGUCGGCCUAAACGAGUUGGGCUGUAGACUUGAUCCAAUUCACAAGGCUGCAAUUAUGGAACUUCUUGCCGGCCACUUUGACCGUUUAACAGAUGUCGUUGCUGAGGCGACGAUAAAGUAUCACAUCGAUGAACGUACUUUCUUCCCCUCAAAUCCGGAUUGGCUGGAAGCUUGUCGUCGUCUCGUUUCUGGAGUUUUGAAGGAUACUAGUAGGCCUCGUGCGCUAAGGAUCUUGACAAUUAAGACUUUACGAGACGUUCACAACACCGUCGAACACAUCUGUCCCGGCGACCUUGUGCUGCAAUGCACUGCCUUGCUGCUUAACAAUAUCGAGACAGAAGCAGAUGUAGAAGUCCUGAACGAGCUAGUUGACUUCGCAGUCGACGUCGCGGAUCGAGCAUCCGACGACAGUUUUCCAGAUCUUGCUUCUCUGCUGAAAAGACGUAUAGACCGAGAGAAACCAGCACUGCCUUCUCAGAUGUUUAACUUUUCGCCGUGGUCAGGGUCAUUCCAAUCACGAGUCACCGACCACCACUUAGGGUCUGCCAGCAACGUCAUCUCCACCGCAUUCGUUCGCCUAUUCACGCGCAGUGUCAUUCAGUCUGCGCGCAAAACUCGACAACUCUAUGAGAUUUUACGUUCCAUCGUAGCAUCUGAUGCUUGCGAGAACGAUGCGCGCCUGACCGCACUAAAACUCCUUUUCCGCCUGCGCGCCGAUUCUAAUCAUGCUAUCUCGGUUAAUCCGUCAUCAGAAGGCGAAAGUAUUGCGGCAGUCCUUUGUCGAACCGAAGAAACAGCAGUGUCUAUCGACAAGUUCGACGAUACAUCUUCUGAUCACGGCAAAUCAGAAGACUACGGCUCCGGCUCAUGGCGCGACCAGCGAAAAACGUCAGGCAACAGUCCUCAUUCUUCUCUCAAUAGGUACACUGGUCGUCAGGGCAGCACGCCAGGCCGUGCAUCAAAACCAAUACCUCCUUUGUGGAUGUACCCUGGACCGAAAGGAUUACCCGAAGAGCCUUCGCCUCAAUCCAGCCGAGUCGUUUUCGCUCACAUUGAUCAAGAGGAAUACCCACUCCCUGACGAUAUCCUGGACAUGGAAAUUACCCUAUGGCUCGAGUUGGUCAUCUCAUUAAUGCAAAAUGCGCCUGACUGGGAGAUAUAUAGCUAUGUGCUUGUACAUCUGGGGCCACAAUUAUCCAACCAAGCACUGGUGCGAAGCUGUGUGCCCCAAUUGAAAAUGCUGAGAAAUGUUACGUGCGAACAAAUUCGAAGCGCUACAUUCCGAGAGCCACCAAGUCAUACGCUGUUGAAGAAGGCAGAUGUUGCUGUCUGUAUGUUUCACAUAUUGACGAUGCUCAUCAGUUAUCAUGACUACUAUGAAAAGAGCGAGGAGGAUGAUGUGGUGAAGGCCUUUCUUCAUGGAAUUGGUCAUUGGGAUCGGACAUCCAUUUGGUGCAUUCAUGCAUUGACGGUUUGUUGCCACGAGAUGCCAUUGUCCGUGAGCAAAUCACUGGACAAUAUCAUUCAAAAGCUAUCACAAAUCAUUACGAAACCAGCAACCGCCAUCCAUAUUCUAGAAUUCCUGACCUCGCUCGGCCGUAUGCCCGAACUGCUAAAGAACUUCCGCGAAGAGGAUUUCAAGAUGGUAUUCGGCGUUAGUUUCAAUUACUUGCGGCACGUACGCGACCAACGCGAACGAGCAGCGAGUGUUACAGCCGCCCAACUGGCCCAUAGAUCGAUUCGCCACGCUGGAGCCCCACGAGAAUCUACGACAUCCCCGGAUAAUGCCAGUGCUCACAAAGCCAAACCCGCGGAAGAGGAUCUUCCUCAAUACGUCUACUCACUUGCCUAUCAUGUAAUCACGUUCUGGUUCAUGGCUCUCAAGAUGGAGGAGCGACCAAAACUACUUCCUUGGAUAACAAGAAAUUUGCAAUACACCGAUACCAGCGGUAGACAAGUGAUGGAAGAACAAGCUCAAGUGAUUGCGGACAUGAUGAGUAUGACUGCCUAUUCCGAUCGAGACGACACCGCGCGAAACCCGGAAUUCUCUGAGCCUGGCGAUGGCGAGAUUUGGAAGAAAACAUGGAUCAUGGGGCAUUCCCUCAUCACCAUUGAGACCGCUGCAAGGACUGGCGUUUCACUGACAACGACCAGGCGACCUUGCGGCACUCGUCACAUUUAUUCCAAGCCCCUACUCACAAAUCCACCACCUCAUCAAGUCCCAAUCACCAUAGGCCUAGCCUAUGAGGCGUGGAACACGGCCUCUUAUGUUGGCAUUCUUCCCGAUGACCUAUUCAACACUUACUAUGCCCAUCUCUCUUUUCCUGAAACUCCAGUACAAUUGCCCGACGAUCAAAUGGCGCGCCGUGCUAUUGAAGCGUUCGACCGCAACUCUACAGUAGAUGGCUAUAGUGUAGGUGUUGUUUACAUCGGAGACGGCCAAAUGGGCCAAAAGCACGAGAAAGCCAUCUUGCUCAUUGACAACGGAUCCGCUGCAUAUACGUCCUUUUUAAGUGAUCUAGGUACGCUUGUGCGCCUGAAAGGUGCCAAGAUCAAUACCCAUGGACUUGAUGUAAGGAAUGACAACGACGGUGAAUAUACAUACUGCUGGCGAGAUCGCUGCAUGGAGCUAGUGUUCCACAUACCUACCAUGAUGCCUACCCCAGAAUCCUCGGACGAAGUAUACGCAAGCAAGAAACGUCACAUUGGCAACGACUUCGUAAACAUCAUCUUCAACGAUUCGGGUCUGAAUUACGAUUUCAACACAUUUCCUUCGGCCUUCAAUUAUGUUGCUAUUGUAAUCGCUCCCGAGGCUCGAGCCUCCUUCGUCGAUCGCCGACUGGACAGCGACCCAGAAGGAAAGAGCCGUUAUUACAAGGUUCAAGUCAUUUCAAAGCCCGGUUUCCCAGACAUUUCCCCGGCAGUAGAACCCAAAAUAAUAUGCGGAAAGCACCUCGCUGCAUAUUGUCGUCUGCUUGCCAUCAAUGCGAGCGUGUUCUCGCAGGUAUGGUCCCAAGCAGAUGGAGGCGAAUCAAUCUCCUCAUGGCGUAAUCGCCUGCGACAGAUCAAGGCAUUGAAGGAGCGUUAUGGCGGCAGCGAUGCAUCAGCCACCGCGAGUCCAACCUCGCCUAUCAAUCAUCAAAUUGGGUCAAAUCCUCCUUCCCGCGAAAAUGGCGUGGGCGGGUUCAAGAGGACAAGCGUCGCAACCUUCCUCAGUGAAGGUACCAAUCGAAGCAGCCUUACUAGCGGUUCCCACGACGUUGCCUUAUAAGCCACAACCAAUUGUCAACAGUCUCCAUGCCCUUUUUCCCCUUAUCGAAUCGGUGUUUCCUGGUUUCAAGCAUUGGCCAACACAGAUACCCUGGUUCUUGUUUUCCUUUACCUAUGGGACGGUUAUUUUCUUCGUUUUGGUUGUUUUUCCUCUUUUUGGCAAUCAAAAGUCGUUCAGCAGGUGGCGCUGUCAAAACAACUGAUGUUCGGAUUUUGUACAUUGCAUUGCCUGGCGUUUUUCAAGGCUUAUCGGAAAACGACCAUGAUCUAAAAGUUUUGUUUUAUAUCUAUAUCCAUAACCCCCCACACACUGUACGAAGAUGAUAGUUCGGAAAAUUAACACUUUCAUAGAGGUCAAAUGAGCAAUGAUCUCCUAGCCAUUCUUACCACCAGUCAUUCGAACUGCUAGCAAUCUGCUUCUAUCGAAUACAGUUAGUUUCCAUUGCAACUGAAUACAGACAGUUGAAAAAUAG